GGCCAACUAUGUAUUAAGCGGCUUUUGAUGACAUUGAUAAAUUUGUUUGCUUCCGCAGAUCUGGCUUUCUCAGUCUUUGCUGUGUGUUUUACUUUGCUCGACAUUUCGGCUCUUUUAUUGGGCCUUUUUCAAGGGGAUAGUUGUCAACCGUUCCUCGUUACAUUAAGGACAAACGUCAUUAAAUCCCGCUUCGAAAGUACAUCAGAACUUCAAACGCACAAAUCUCAAGAAGCAAGCGUCAAACAACAGUGUAUUUGAUUAUUCUGUUCUUGCUCACUUGUAAUAAACUUAAAAUAAGAAGAUCAGGUGUGCUGGUUUUGUUUACAAAGAGAUUUGUGCGCUCGAAAUCGUGAGUAGGUGCCAAAGUCGGCCAUUGUGGCGGCCAUUUUGGGAUUCUAACAAGUCUGUCCUUAAAUAUUACCGGAUUUUUGUGAGGGAGUUUCUUGUAUACAAUUUUGAAUACUAAUUUAAUAACUUUGGGUUACUGGAACACUAUAGCAAUUAUCAACGACCUGCACUACACUAGACGAUAGACUGAACAAUGGUCAACCAGUCAAAUUCCGGUAAUAUUCAAUGUAUAAUGAGAACGGUUAACCGAUUAACAGGCUUAAUAAGAGCCGAAACGUCGAAGCAAAGCAAAACAUACUGUUUUGAAAAGUCCAAGACUGAGAAAGCAGGAUCUUUGGAAGUUACAGAUUUCCAGUCGCACUCAUCCAGCACAAAUGCUUAAGAUGACUGAUAUACAGGACAACAACUUUGUUUGCAAUACACCAAAGAGCGCUGGAUUUUUUUUUUAAUUUCCAUAUAAUUUGUGAAGGUUUCUAAAAAGGUUGAAAUAUCAAAUCUUGCUUCGCUUCUGAUUCUAAUAGUAAAACACAACAGCAAAACGAACUUGCACCAUGAGCAACUGCAAGUUGCUGCUUCCACAAGGAAAGCUCACAAGAACCUUCGAUAAUUGGAACAAAAUAUUUUGCAUGUUAAAAGCAUGGUGGCAGGAAGAAAACAGAAGGAGGUAGAAAAGACUGAACUGAUUCCAUUACACGGGACGGUUGCUCGCUUCCAGGCAUCGUCGACCAUUCCCGCCGCCAACCAACUAACCAACCAACCGACCGACCGGGAGUGUGUGUACCUAUGUCAAAGAAAAAAAUCAACGACAACAACUGGUUGUUGUUGGUACAUCGUAAUUCGAUAUUUCUUACUAAGAGUUGUUUUCUUCUCCUUCUCCGCCUCUUUCAUUCCAGAUACAUCCACUCCAAGGAAAAGCCAUUCAAAUGUACCGAAUGCGGCAAGGGUUUCUGCCAGUCGCGAACGCUGGCCGUGCACAAGAUUCUGCACAUGGAGGAGUCGCCGCACAAAUGUCCGGUGUGCAAUCGAAGUUUCAAUCAGCGCUCGAACCUGAAAACGCAUCUGCUCACCCAUACGGACCACAAACCCUACGAGUGCAACUCCUGUGGAAAGGUAUUCCGAAGAAACUGCGACCUGAGGCGUCAUGCGCUAACGCAUACGGUUGGCGAUGUACCUUCGGAUUCGUUGGACGUCGGGGACGACGAUAACAACCUCAGCGGGGACGAAGAUGAAUCGGUGCUGGAAGUGGACUCGCCGGUUAACUCCCCUGCCGGUCGCAAUCGCUCCCCCUCUCCCGGGCUCGAUAUGCCAGUUUCAGCUGAGCUGGAUGACGACGACUAUCCCGACGAACAUGAAGACGAAAAUGACGAAGACGAAACAAUCAGCGUUGCAGGUCACGAACCUGAUCCAACACCAGUAGUGCAGUGCCAUCACGAGAGACCCAUAGGUUCUCGAAGCCCUUACACAAUGCGUCCCCAAUACGAUUACGGAAGCAGGUCAUCCACAUCGUCUCAGUCGUCUCAACACUCGCAAUCCAUCCAGAGUCCCAAUGGUGAAGACUUGACAACGAGUAGUGGUCCAGGACCUGUCCCACAACAACAUCCACAUGACAUGUUCAUUCCGAUGCUUCACGUCCGCAGAGACCUGCAUCACAAAGUUGGCCUGAUAGGGCGAGCAUCUGCAACCAUCACCAGUGGUCUCAUGGAGCCAGGAGGACCAUUCUUUGGCCACAUCCCCUUACGGAAACGAGCCAUGGGCCCCGAUGGUGAACCCUACCCCAUCAUGGGCCGACCCCUCCUGUCUUCCCACAUCUCACCUGCCAUGAUCAAUCAACGACCCAUGAUGAAACCUCCAGACGACCCCCACAAACCGUCCGACUCCCCGCACGAGCCCAUCCCCAUGAUUUCACCAUCCGUAUCUUCGUCGCCGUCCCUCUUGUCACCACACGUCAAUCUCCCGCCGCCCCCACCUCCGUCCCAGCACCCAAUCAAUCUCGUCAAUCUAUCGAACCUUCCACCACCCAUAGCUCAAUCCCCACCGAACCCAUCCGGUUGUUCAUCGCAGCCGUCGUCGUCCAGCUCCAGUCAAGCCCCACCUCCUCCUCCCCCAUCUGCCUCCGUUGCGACCCGACCGUCACAACAAUCUCCGGCUGCUCCACCCGGACUAGCAGCAGCAGCAGCAGCCGCACAACCGCCACCACCACCCCGUAAGACCGGCUUCAGCAUAGAGGAUAUCAUGCGCCGCUAGAAAGAAAGCUCCUCCGGCUCGGGACCGGACGGACAGGACGGGAUCCAACCGAGAUGCGAUCCGAUCCGAUCCGAUCAAUCAAUCAAACUACGGUUAAUUAAUGCUAAUGAAUUCUACAAAUGUACAAAAAAAAUACACCAGUGAGUGACGAUAACGACGUUAGUUUGGGUGAACUUGGGGGUGCUCGACCAGCAGAGGGGGGAACGAACGUGUAUAAGAAGAGUAGCAUCCUCGCUUUUUCCGCCACGUGGUGAUUUGCUAGGGAGAUUUGUUGAGUGUCCGGUGGAGGGAAUCCGUGUGAAGUGUGCCUUUCUGGUGAAAUUACUUACUGGAAAAUGAACAAUUCAAAAUACUUCAUAUGGGUCACUUGCGGUUUUUAGAGCCUGAAGCUUUUUACUUUUAUAAAAAAAUAUAAUAUUUUCAAAAUGUUUCUGGCUAAACUGGGCAGUCUUAAGCAGAUAACUACUGCAUUUUAUCCUGUUAUCUAAGUAAAAAAAAAAACAUUGCUAAUCAACGCUUCACAUUACGCUCGCAUUAUUGAUGGUUUCCGUUUCGCUCGUAUCCUGUUCGGGAUACCUACGACGGAAUCUCCUCCGGUGAAGUGUAACAACAACGACAACCAGAGAGGAUGAGUGUAGUUUCUCGGCAGUACGUAGAUGAACGCGAAAAAGAAAGGUAUACGACGACCUUAUCAACAACAAGGAUGGUAGUGGCUUGGCUUGGAUGGUAAUUAAGAUGAGUGGUUUCCACCCGUGUGACAGGCCGGGAUGACGCCGUGUAACUGUGAUUCAGUAAGGGAGGUCAUACAUAAAAACGUCGUUGGUGAGAGGGCUUAGAAGAACGAGACGAUUUUUGCACAUUUAAUAAAGGUCUUCAAGUUAAAUCUCACGAACACCUGUGCAACAACUAUUUACACAAGUUGAUUUCAUGGGUCGUUCAAAAAUUAUGUCCAGAUAGUAAAAGUAUUGGAAUUCGUCUAGCAAAAGGUAUUGCAGCCAAUGGUGGACUCUUAAUCAACAGAAAUCCCCGAGUUCUACGCCAACAGGCAAAGGAGAUAGUCAAGUGACACCGUAGUUUAGAGGAAUAAGGCGUGUCUGUCUAGUGAAUUGGGAGUCGUUUGUUCGAAUCCCACCGAGUGCACAAGUUGGAAGUUUUCCGUGUGAAGUUUUUUUUGUUUGGAUACCUAAAUCAGUUGCUGACCCCACGAUUGAUCCACUACUUUCUACAGAAGUUUCUUCUAAGAAUUAAGUUGAAGAUAUGAUGAAGCCACACUUGAAAUUUCCAAGAGCACAAAUCUUAAGAAUCGAAAGUCAGUUUGCGCUGAAAAGUUGAUCGAUUAGUCACCAUCAGCGAGUAACCAAUCGAUCAACUUUUCAGUGCAAAUCGACUUCCAGUUUUUCAUAUUUGUGCCCUUGAAAAAUCGGGGUGUGGAUUCGUCAUAUAUUCACCUUAAACAGAUGUCACUUUUUAAAUAUCACCUGGAGUGCUCGAGGAUUCCUUUAUAAGUUACACCAGCAAUUCGAAUUCCAUAAGGAAUUCAUUCUGCAUUUUAACUAAGCGAUCCUCUUGAAACUCCUUCAGGAACUUUCUUUCAAAUCUUAAUUAACGAAAUGUUUAACCCAAGGCCAAGGACCCACGUUUCACUGCUUUCCGAAGGGAAAACUCACAUCGAGAUUUUAUCGGAAGUGGGAUUCAAUCUAAGGUUCUCUGCGUGAUAGGCUUGCCUGUGAUCAUCGCACCAGGUCCGCUUCACUAGGAGUUCCUUACAAGAAUUACCAAGAUGUACCUUGUGAAAUUCCUGAAAAAGUUCCUCCUAAAGUUCCUCCAGAAAAGACAGAUUGCAUUGUCAUCAGCCAGAGGCUGCACAGACUGAAAAUUGCUAACACUAGACAACGGAUAAUACACAUAACACGCAAUUUUUUCAGUGGAGAACGUUCCGUUCAACGCGGAAAUCAAACCCGUACAUCAAGGUUUACAAAAUGUCAAGACGAUUGACGCCGCAGACCGCAUGGCACGAAGCCCACUUCAGAAGUGCUUACUUGAAAAAGAAGGUUCUACCACGAUGAAUUUCUCCCUGCAAGGAAAAACUCUGCAAGAUUGCCUACAGCGAGUGAUUCAAGAAUCUUUUCUAGAAAACUUCCAGGAGAUCCUUCUGAAAAUCUUCCACAAGUUUUACUAGGAAUCCUCCGGGACUUUCUUCUAGGAAUCCUCCAACAAUUCCCUCUGAGAAUUUUCUUGGAAUCUCUUCUGGAAACCCUUCAGUAAUUCUUAGUAGAACCUGGCAUUCAGUUUAGCAAUCUUUCUGAAGUUCUUUCCAGGCAUCCUCCAGAAGUUGCUUGUUUGAAUUAUCCUGGAGCUCGUUUCGGAAAUUCUUCAUAAGUUCCUUCCGGCCUUUUUUUUUUUGAGAAAAUUUUCCAGGAGUUUACUUCUUAGGAAUCCUCCAGAAGUUCGGGAUUCCUGCGGAAAUCCAUAAAUCGAACUCGUGAAUAAUUGCUCAGAACGAACUCUUGACGGUUCCCCAGGCGUAACUGUUGUAGAUAUCUCUAAAGGAACGAAUUCCAAAGAAAUCCCUAGAUAAAAUCUAUAAAGGAACAUAGAGGAAUCCGCAAAAAGCAUUCCUGUAGUAAUUCUCAGAUAGAAUUUAUAGUGUAAUCCUCGGAAGGAAUUCCUGUUGGAAUCCCCUGAAGUUGUAUUUGAAGGCAUUCUCAUCAGAGAAUCAUGAAGGAAUUGUCAGACUGCAUAGAGUAAUCAACGAAUGGAGUUACUGGAGGAAUCCCUAGGAGAAAUACCAAUGAAGAUGAACUAUGAAAAAUCAAAUCGCUCAGUUAUUCGGGGCGAUUGUUCUGUUAGAGUGUCGAAAAAUCGUCUUCAAUGCUACCAACACUCUGCUUAGCAUUCAAAUAUUUACGCAUGGAAUUUUAGAAAACUUGCAUGUUCUAGUUCUUACUGUACGAUAUCACGAAGCGUUUCUUUCGGAGCUUUCACCAGAAGUUGUAAGAGGACCUAAAUUCUUUCAAACAUUCGAAAUUUCUCCAGGAACUUUUUCGUACAGGAAAUGUGGAAUCCUAACAAACAUUCCUGUCAAAUUGGAAAGAAUUGCGUGUUGAAGAGAUCUUUUAUGAAGCGUAAGAGAGAUGCUGUCCUAUAUACCUGGAAAAAAUACCGGGUAACAUACACGAACUAGACAGAUACAUAUCAAAUGAUACGAAGUUCUAUAAUCGGAUUCACAGCUGUCAAACACAAAUGCAUCAGCUUGUUGAAUAUUGUCCAUGUGACAGCUGAGUCGACAGUGGCCAGUCAAUGCUAUGACUAGACAGAUUAGUUAGAUACUUCGCCAUCCCUGGAAAUGCCUCAGUAUAAUACAAUUUUGUUUGACGACAUGACUCCAAACUAUUCCAGUAUUGUUUGUGUUGAGUGGCAGCCCAGGCAUCAAUCUAUCGCUUUAUCCCACACUGCAAUACCGAAAUAGCUGGCUCAGGACCAAUGAAGUCAUGUGAUGCUCCAGUCCGAGCUAACUCAUCAGCCAAUUCACUUCCAGCGAUGGAAGAAAAAGCCAGGUACCCAUAUAAGAUAAACAGCGUUUGCUGAAUUCAGCUCUUCGAUUUGAGUUUGACAAGCGAUAACUAAAUUUGGCCUAGGGUUGGCCGAAGCAAGUGCUUUGAUAGCAGCCUGGCUAUCUGAACAAAAGGAUAUUACUUUGCCUAUUACAUGCUGCUGAAAUGCUGAAUACGCUCCGCACAUAAGAGUAAAGAUUUCGGCCUGAAAAACGGUGCAGUGUCUAGCAAGUGAGUAAGACUGAUACAUCCUUAGCUCACGAGAAUAGACACUAAUUAGCACCACCUCAACCUUCGAGAAGGGAGCCAUCGGCGUAACAUAUGAUACCGUCUGAGAUACUACUCCCCAGAUAACCAGAUGUCCACUCUUCCCGGGAAGGGAAUUUCAUGGAAAAUGUCCUAUAUGGAAAACUACAAACACUUUAUGGCACAAAUUUCCCAAAUGGAUGAGAACGUGCCUCUGGAGCCGGCCUACUGAUACAAACACUUUUAAGAUCACUUGGAGCAAGAGCAACUUUGUCCCAAUUCAUUAAAAGUGGAAACAACGAGGUGUGUGUUGAUCUGUGGUUCACAGGAGCUUCCUCUAGCUUCGAGCAGUGCCGUGGGAGUUGAAAGGAACGCUCCAGACAUCGCCAUUAAGCACAUCAUUUGGAGAUGGCCUAAUUUUGAUUGGAUCGUUCUCACUUCAUUCUUUUGCCACCACACAUGCCAAUAUUGGCCGAACAACGGUUGUGUAAAUCCAUUUGAUACACUUGGGUUUCAUUCCCCAAAUUGCACCAAAGGUUCGCCGGCAUUGCCCGAAAGUCAUACAAGCUUUUUUGAUUCUGAACUCAAUGCGAGAUGUCCAGGAAAGCUUGGAACCAAGAAUAACUUCGACGUACUUUACCUGUUCAGUCACAACGGUUUCAGAAUAAAAGAGACGCAAAGGUCGAACGCCAUUACGGUUUCGCCUUUCCGUGAAAAGACCAAUAGAUGUUUUACUCGGAUUGACCGAACGGCCAUAUUGGCGACACCACCCCUUAACUACCUAAAGGGCGCUUUGCAUCAGGUUGAAAAAGGUUAGUGAAUAAACUUCACUAGAUCUAAGAUUGCCUAGUGGUUAAGGCUUUGGAUCGUCAAUCUGGAGACGGCGGGUUCGAUUCCCGUUCCAGUCGGGAAAAUUUUCUCGACCCCGUGGGCAUAAUGUAUCAUUGUCCUUGCCCCACAAUAUACAAAUUCAUGCAAUGGCAGGCAAAGAAAGCCCUUCUAUGGAAGUGCUCUAAGAACACCAAGUUGAAGAGAGGCAGGCCAUUUCCAGUGGGAACGUAGAUCCAUAUAGAAGAAGAAUAAGAAGAUCUAAGAUUGUGUACAGGGUAUGUAAAACUGCGAACAAGUACAGUGUAUCAAACAAUUAUCCGUACAGCAUUUUUCUGGUCAAAAUAAUUUUCCAUUCAAAUAUUCAUAACAAACGCUGAAAUUUUGACCAAUCAUGAAUCCUAUAUUAUAGCUCCAUUGGUAAAAUUUUGAGCGAGAUCGAAUAAGCUUUCUAAAAGUUAUAGAACUUUUAGUAAAACUUAUAAGAAAGGUAUAGAACUUUUAGAAAAACUAAUAAGAUUUUUGAACACAUUUUCAAAACAUUACAUCUCAGUAUGUACUCGAUGAAACUUUUUCUAUUUUUUGUGUGUUACAGCUGAGACUUAAGGUUGUCAUAUGCAGCUACUUUUGAGGUUGUAUAUUCACUACCAAAAAUAUGAAAAAUGUGCGUAUGUAGUUGACGAUUUUUAAAAAUUUACCUUAUUCUGCUCAUACAUUUUGCCAAACGUUUUCCAGCAAUAAAAGUGCAUUAACUGAACGAAUAAUACAUAGGACCUACUCUUCAUAUGUAGUUUAGUAGGUCCUGUAUAAAAAUAUUAUAUUAGGAAAGUUUGAAAACGUUGAAAACACUUGGCACUUUUAUUGAUCAAAAUAUGAUAAAUUUUCAAAUGACACUCUGAACAUAUACAGAUUUUUCAUAUUUUUUGUAGUGGACAUAAAACCUUAAACGAAGCUGCAUAUGAAAGCCUUAGGUAUAAGCUGUAUCACAAAAAAAUGGAAAAAAGUUUCAUCGAGUACAUAUUGAGAUAUAAUGUUUCAAAAAUGUAUUCAAAAAUCUUAAAAGUUUUACUAAAAGUUCUAUAACUUUCAGAAAACUUAUUCGAUCUCGCUCCAAAUUUUACCAAUGGAGCUUUAAUAUAUGGUUCAUGCUUAGUCAAAAUUUCAGCGUUUUUGAUUGACGUAUAAAAAAGUUAUGAACAUUUGAAUAAAAAAAUAUUUUUUUCGAGCCGAAGCCAGAGAAUCAUAACUACAAGAAAAUACAUCAGGUUCAUCCGAAGAUGUAAUAUCCACACAUCCCGGGAAGUGUGUACUGAAUAAGCAUUCCAGAACUAGCUCAUCAGAGGAAGUGCAAUAGCCAUUUGGCAAACAAAAUUCUUUUACUCGGAAAUCCUUAGAUUUUGCAAGGAUUUUGGUUAUCCGACUGACUUCACUCAAACUGGAAAAAUUCAUACGAAGGCUUUUUCCAGCCGGAACGUUCAGCAGACCGGAGAGCUUUCCUGUAGGCCCUGGGAGCCGACCUCAAAGUCUCCGAUCCAGCCAAACGUUGUCUGUUCCAACUCUUAGAUUGUUUCGUCAGCUUCGCCAGAACAAAGUUCCACCUAGGGGUUCCUCUUGUGAUCUUCACAGACCGUAGAGGGCAAGCAUCUUCAAAAGCUUCCAUGAUGAUGGUCGUUGUAGUACAUAUACACGGCAUCAUCCAAAUCACUUGGAGUGUCAAUGGAUGGUGAGUAUCCGUGAUAUUUGGCCGCAACUAAAUCAGUAAAGAAAUACCAGUUGGUUGACCGAGGAUUUCUGAAACGCUAAGUUUGCGAAGUAGCAUUCACAUAUGAUAUGGUGAGCGUUAGCCAACAAUUAGCGGAAGGCCUUUUGAAGUGCAGUAAGCGGUGACUUGUUUGAAAGCAUCCGUAGGGGAUGAUUCAUCAUGCGAUAAAUAUACUAAGCAAUAGACUUAUUGCUUGUUGAAGUUUCCAACAGUAAUAUCAAUUGUAACGGCACAUACAUACAUCUCUAAGGUUAAUUCAGUGACUAGUGUGGCAACGAUUGUGUUGUUGACAAGCACACAAGCUCGAGGCAUGACACGCGAGUUUUCCAUUUCAUUUUUACUGAAAGUAGCAAACACCGGAUUCACAAGAUUUCCCAGGUUGAACAUCCCCUUAAUUGAGACUGCAUAUCUCAUCCAUAGUCAAGAACUUCAAGGGCCCAGGAAUACAGGCCUUCAGAUCAUCUCGCAUAUCCAGUGAUCAAUGGGGAGUUUAUGGUAAUGCUUCAUGCUCUGAUAAAUAAUUCGUCAACCAGUUCCGAAUACAUACAUACCUUGAAUAUAUUAUUUGUUUGAAAAAUACCUACUGUUCUCGAUUUUUUAUGAUCGUUUUUAUCAAAGUUCGACUAUGAGAGUAAGAAAUCCAAGAAUUCAUUAAGCAUCAUUAUUGACAUAGUCGAGCAUCUCCAAAACGAAAGUAAUUUUGCAUCAACGUAGCUCACCCGUCAAACCAUCUGUCCAAUCAUCAUCCAAUCUUCUCUAUAUCUCUCCACAAGACGGCGAAUCGGAAACAGAAGCUUCCAAACCGGUGUCAACUUGUCACUCAAAUUCACCAUUACUACUCGGACGGACCUGCUGGUCGCUUACAUACCCAGGCAACUGUCAAAUGUGCUUCCGAAUAUUGCGAAUGGACACCAAAACACCAAAGGAAAAUCAAACCAUCCACGCCAUGCCACGCCGCCGUGCCCGUCCAUUAUUCCACCCAGUUUGGUCUGCUGUGUUGUCUGUCUGCUUUUCAAGUUAUUAGAUUCACGGGAAAUUCAACACUUUCCGGCAUGGCUACGAUUACUUCGUCAUCGAGGGGGGGGGGGAUGUGGGGCAGCAGGAAAAGCACUCUUCAACACGUCCACCGUUCUUUCCCUGUAGCAGGAGAUAGAUACAAAAGAAGAAACUCCAAUUUAUAAAGCGACUGCUGCAGUAGUACUCAGUUAAGUUUUGAAAGAGUAAACAUGUUUUUUUAGGCAAAACCAGAUGCAAGAGUCGACACAAAGUGUUGGUGUAGUUUCGUAUUUUUUUUUCUUAUACAUAGUUACAAUUGUUAUUUUCCUGAAGCAACGAAGCAGUAAGCAUAGAACUGAGAACGAGAGUGUAAUUGAGGCGGACUGGCUUACUACAUAGUUUAUAAGAGAAACAGACGUGUGCGGCCGAACGAACCGGAGGAAUCGAAAUACGAUAGUUUUCUAGGGAUUAUGUCCUGCUCAAGGAGUAGCGCGUUUUCCGCUGUCCAUCCAGUUUCAAACGGCAAACAGAGCGACAAAGCUAAGAGGAAAUACAUGAUUAGUUUGUUUUUGCAGUUAGGGUUGACUAGAGCCCUGACGCAGUUGUACAAGUUGGACAGUGAAAGUGGAUCUGAAGAAGUGAAGCGCAAUGAAAGACAGUGUUAGUGAUAUACGUUAAGGUUUUGUAGGGUAUGAUAUGUGUCGAGCCAGGAAUACUUACAAGUUGGUUCCGGUAGUUGCUAGAUUUCAUGUUUCAUUCUCUGUUUGUUUUUAAGUUGUAGUAUUGUUUUCUCUAAGUUCCGUUCCAUAGAGUGUAUGGCAUCAUUUCAUGUACAUUUGCCAUCGUUAAUUUAACGCAGUAUACUUAACUAGGUUAUAACUCAACGCUAAGGAAAUCCUUAAGAAAGCCGAGUGGAAUCUCAGAUCAGCGUUAGGCCCGAUAAGUUAUUUGUGAUUCAUUAUAAGCGGUAUUAUUUCAUUCCACACGUCCAAACUGGAAUCUUUAGCAUAAGCAACCGAUUGUACUUCUCCUGCAUGGAAACCAAUUUGUCAAAUAAAAAUAAAGAGAACUAAAUUUAUUUUGAAUAUAAAAAUAA